CGAUAUAUGAAAAGUAUAUAAUUAUCAUCAAUUCUGUAAAUGGUCAAUGUACUUGGAGAAGAAAAACAUAUAAUGUCAAAAAUGUUAUACUUUACAGUACAGAUAAUGUACUUUAUCACUAAAUGAUCUUCAACUUAAUCGUUGUAGGUAUGAAAUGUAUACUUGAAUUAUUGUUUACACAAAUCGUUUAAAUCAGGAAGUUAUGUGUAGUUAAACACACUGAAGGUUAUUUUAUCAACAAGGAUACCUGUUAACGUACUCCAUUUAGUAAUACGCAUAUUUAAGAGAUGAAGAAUUGGAAAUUCCAUUUAAGUAUGUUAGCUCUGUGUUUCAUUCAGGGUAUAUCAUGUCAAAGCAUAGUUCUAACUCCGACCAACGCUUAUGCCAAUAUAAACGAGGCCCUCACGUUUACCUGUACGUAUAUUGCUUACACCAAUGUGGCAGGCACGAAGUGGCGUGUAAAUAAUCAGCAUACACCAUAUAUAGUACGUCAUCAAGAUAAUACUUGUAGUGGUAGUGGAAUCUUCACCGAUGACAAAAUUUACAGAGUUGGGUGUCCGUCUGAUACAUCUUUUACUGUAACAAUAUUACGUGUACAACAAGAAGAUCUUAAUACCCAAUGGAGAUGUUUGGAUCUUGACAGAACAAGUAAUACUGUUAAAAUAUUAUUAAAAGUUUCUGUUGCAAAUGUAGUACUUUCUGGACCAAGUUCUAGUUUCAUGAAGGAGCAUUCCCAACAAACAAUCAAGUGUAAGACAUCACCUGGUCGACCACAACCAAGAGUUAGUUGGUAUCUCUUUGAAAAAAAUAAAAGCGUAAAACAUAAGAUAACUGUAAAUGUUUCAACACAAAUAAUCAAUGAUAGCGGAGAUGGACUUGUAACUGUCGAAAGUACCUUACAGUUUCACCCAAAUAGAUCGAUUAACAACUGGAUGUUGAAUUGUGAAGCGUGGACAGACGACGAAACUAGUGCAGUUCUUAGCAAUAGAUUAACCUUGAAUAUUGCUUAUCCCCCGGAGAAACCUGUUAUUAUUGGAUUCACAGACGGUGAAAAAUAUUCACUUAUAGAAUCUGAGUUUGGCAAAUUGUCUUGUUCUUCACAUGGCGGAAAUCCACUAGCUAAUUUGACAUGGAAUUGCUAUGACAGUAAACCAACAUCUAUUUCCAAUGAAGACAAAACAGUUUUCAGCACUGUUACAUGGUCAGGUUUUCGUGGUCAGUCAUCUUGUCUGUGUAUUUCACAUCAUUCUUGGUCUGGAACUACGCAAAAUACAACUGUAAUGAUUGAUGUUCUUUACCCUCCAAACAAACCAACAAUGACCAUCAGCAAUAAAACCGUUUCAAACGUUAUUAACGUUAUUUUGAGCAAAACCGUGCUAGUUAAAUGCGAAAGUAAAAGCAACCCACGCUCAAACUACACAUGGACAGGCCCAGCUGAUUUGAGCAAAACGAAACAAAUACUGGAUGUUACAAUUAACAACACGAUAGACAAGAUGUUUAAAUGCAUGGCAACAAAUCGAAUGGUUAGACAGAAUGGUACACAUGUAGAUGGACAUAAUGAAUCUGCUGUUACAAUAAAGGUGUUGUAUCCACCUGGGAAUCCUUAUUUCAAAUAUGAAUAUAGCAAUGGAACAAAGGUCAGUACUCAAAAUAUGAUAGACGUUAUAGCAGGAGACUCGUUUUCAAUACAUUGCAAUGCUGCAGGAAAUCCAUUACCUACUUACAAGUGGGACAGUAAUGAAGGCAACGGUAUUUUAAAGAUAACUUCAAUUACUUCCGACACAAAUAAAACAUGCCAUGCAAAGAACAUAAUGGAGGAAACAGUCGGUGAAAGUCGAACAGUAUCGACAUCUGCCUCAUUUUCUAUCAGGGUUCUUCAUGCGCCAUACAUUCCUACGAUCACGAUUUCGAACGGAACGAGACAAUUUAACAUCACAGCAGCGACUAUACAAUUAAGAGAAACAGACAACAUCAAUAUGACCUGUUUUUCUGAAGGAAAACCUCUCCCAAAAUACACCUGGGAUAGCCACAAUGAUCCAGUACAGGGACGUAUACGCCAAUUUACAAAUAUUAGCCGAAAGGAUGCCGGGAAUUACACGUGUUAUGCGAGUAACUUGAUGAAACGCACUUUUGGUGACUCUGAACAAGGAUUGAACAUUUCCAACUUGUCUCUCGAUAUCAUGUAUCCAUCAACUCUUUCAUCACUAGUAGACAUAAGUAUUCUCGAAGGAUCAGACCUCAAUGUUAUAUGUCGAGUUCAGAAGGGAAACCCAACUGAAGAAAGUGUGUCAUGGACUAGAAUAAGUGAUGACAAGAAUUGGAAGAACAGUCAAUUGAUUAUAGCUAAUGUUUCCAGAGCAGAUGAUACACAAUAUACUUGCACUUUACGAAGUACAAUCAUUCCAACAAUUGGUCACGAAACAUUGACCAUACGAAGCAAAACAAUACAUCUUAGUGUUUUUUUUUCUUCAGAAAUCAAACAUUUUACUGUUGUAAAAGACAAGUCAAGUGGAACGUUUAUUGUAAACCAAAGAGAUGAAGUUUCAUUAGAAUGUACAGCAGAAGCUAACCCAGUCUCGGAUUUAUCUAUAUACAAUACAAGUGGUAAGAGGAUAUCGUCAGUAAAAAACAGAAAUGUGCUGCUUUACAGCAUUAAUAAUGCUUCGUACGAAAACGCAGGCAAAUAUAAAUGUGAAGGCAGAAACAACUACACAAAGGAUAAACCAUCAGUAUCAGAGCUGACAAUGAUUGUCAAAUGUUCACCACGACCGUCACUUGAUAGCAUUUUCCCCAAUAAGAUCGCAGCUGCUCAGUAUACAAAUAAGACUAUGAAUUUUGUUGCUUAUGAAUACUUGGAUGAAGAAAAUAAAACAGAAUUUAUGUGGUUCCACAAAAAUAUUGCAAUCGAAAGAAGUGAUGAAAAAUUUGAAAUAUUCACAAUUGGAUUAAAUUCUAGCCUUUCGGUUAGAAACAUUACACAAAUAGAUUUUGGAGAAUAUAGCGUCAAAGUGUCAAACACAAUAGGAGAGUAUACCCAUCAUUUUAUGUUACAAGCAGAAGAUAAGCCAGAUAUGCCUAAAGAUUUAACGUAUAAAUUGGGAUCAAUCACUGAAUCAUCGGUAAUAUUGGUCUGGACACCAGGUUUUAAUGGUGGCUUUCCACAGACAUUCAUUCUAUUAUAUCAUAUCAGUCACAAAGAGACGUUGCAUAGUGUUCAAGUUCAUGAUACAAAUGAACAGACAAUAAGCUAUACAUUAACUAACUUGUUGAGUUCUAAAACGUAUAAUAUAAGAAUGUUUGCAAUGAAUAAAAAGGGGAACUCUUCCAAUACAAAAACUUUACAGUUAACAACAAACGCAAGCGCAUCUGACCUACAGCCAGUUGUAUAUAAAACAAGUACAGGAACGUUUGUCGGUGUCGGGGUGGGUACAUUUGCAGGAACAAUAACAAUUGUUGCUAUUUUCCUGUUCUGUUAUAGGCGCGUAAGGAAGAACAAACAUAAUGCCGGUAAACAAGAUAUAGAGGGUAAAGUUACAGGACCAGUUUACAAUUCACAUUCACCCUACGAAGAUUUGGAUUCAACUAAAAAGGACGGAAAUGUUUAUGCUCAAGUAGUGACAAAUAAUCUUUAUGCUCAAAGUAACUCUACAAUUAUGCAAGAACUGUCUACUUUACCGGAUUAUAACAACAGCAUGGACAAAGAAAGUGAAACUUCAGUUUAUAUCAAUAUGAAAAUUUAAAAGAAAAUACAACUAAAAGGGGCUUCACUGAGAUUUUACUUGACGCGACUGAAUAUAUUCUUUUCGAAAUAAGUGUUCAGUUUGAUGCAGGUCAAGACAAGUAACUUGUGUGCAAAAGGUCUGAUCCGUCGCUCACUUUUUUUUAAAAAUGAAUAUUCUUAUUGUGAAAAGUUAUCCAAAUAUAAAAAGCGUUGCAACGCUUUUCUCUCAGAUUAGGCAAAAAUAGCACAAAAUACGAUUUUCAAUUCAUUCUGACUAUAUUUAAAUAUAUGUUGCAUAUAUUUCUGUUUUAAGUGCCCCAGUUUAUCUAUGUGAUAAAUAGAAAAUUAAUUAUUUUAGUUUGCUUUUUUGACCUUAGUGGAGUUUCUUUAAAUCGUGUGAUAUACAUUUUAAUGUAUUCAGCAAUAUACAACAAAGAGGUUAUUAUACUAAUAUGUUCAAAUUUUUAACAUACAUAUUGUAAGUACUUUCUGUUCAUUGAGAUUUCUGGUUGACACUUAACAAAUUGGUAAUUAAAGUAUUCGAAAAUAUUGUUCUUUAUUUUCGUUUUUAAUGUUGAAUAUUUCCAUUGGCAUUUGUACAUUAACUCUAACAGUGCUAAAAUCUUGAGAAAGUAAAAUAAAUGCUUAAAUGGUAAAUAUGAGCAAGGAUAUGUUUGAUACUUUCAAAUAUUUUACUUUGUGACAGUUAACAUAAUAUUGCUUUAAUUCAAAAAUAAAUACUAGAACGGCUACUUUACAGUCAACGGAUGUGUUUUCUUGCUACAUAAUGGCUGCGUCACAUUACAUUCCAAUUUCGUUUAAGAUGGUACAAUGACAUUGCCAAAGCGUCAAAGGUCUCCGGCCGAUAAUAUUCCAAUAUUUAACAACAAAAAAAGAAAAGACAAAAUCACAUAAUCACACACUUAUAAUUUGAUGACCUUCAUUACUAUCGCUACAUGUUUAAAACGUGUAUGUUUACACAAAACAUCUUAAUCAGGAAAUUAUAGAGUUAUGCAUUUAUACAUACUAACGCGAUUUUAUCAACUAAGAUACCUUUAUAUGUAAGCAGCUUUUUAUUGAUAUAUUCAAAAGUAUCCUACAACAAUUCAAUACUACUAAAAUAUAUAAAGUAGCAAAUUAUCCUUUACUUGAAAUUGUAUGUUAAUUUUGUUUUUCUCUCUGUCAAAAAAUAGCUCAUCUGUUCACAAUAAUUAUUCCUCCCUCAAGGUGAAGCAGUAUGGUUGCUCUUUUUUCCAACAAAGCAAUUUAAUAAGACUUGCCUGGAAUGCUCUUUGAAAUAGAUGAAAGCAUGCUACCCCAAACAGAACUGUAGAUACUGUAGAAAUCAUUUUAAAAAAUCUCAUUGUAGAAAUCAUUUAAGCCCUUCAUUUUGAUUAUUUGGUACAAAGCACUCAUCGAUAGUUUUUUUUAAAUAUUUUACAUCUUGACCUUGAAAUAAAAUGGUCCUGAGUCAAUUAAAUUUACAUAUAAUUCGUGAAGAAGAAUAUGAUAGAUUAAAGUAUCUAAUUUAAGAGUACAUAGAGUAGUAUUUGUUGUAGUUAUCACGAUUUUUGAUAUUGAUUUGUUUGUCCAGCGUAACUGUUUAAUUAAUAUAACAUACUGCAGAACUUAAUACAUAAAUAUUGUGUUGCGUUCUAAAAGACAAAUGUGUUUAAAUUUGUUCAGACAUAAUGUGAAUCGUUACAUUGUAGAUAUUUUCGCUAAUUUUCACCAAUUCCAUUCAAAGUUGUAUGACUUAGAGGCAGAGGUUGUUGAUGCUGUUACACAAAAUUAAGACAUAAAUAAGUUUUCAUCUGAAUUUAGAGACACAGUAACAAUUUGAUGCAAUAUAGAUUAUGAUAUAUGCAUAGUUCACAUAAGUUGAAACUCUUUCACUUAAUGGAUGUUUUUUUUAAAAAAAAGGCCAAUUAUUAUUAAUAAGACAUACUAUAGCAUAAGCAUCAUAUUAACAUGUGAGUCAAGUAAAUGUUAGUACAAAUAAAAAACAACAUAAAAUGCAAAUGGGGCCUGAACAAAGUAAUUCAAUAUAUAUCGUUUUCAUGAUGAAAAUUACAAUCUUUCAUGAACAUGAUGUGAUUAUAAACUUUGAUAUAAUACAUAUUUUAAUGAUACUGACAACUACAAAAUUAUUGUUAAACAAUUACAGAAUAACUAUCCAUCAUACUAAAUACAUUAUAAUAACUUACUGAUUGAAACCUCUAUGAAUAAGUAAUACAUUGGCAAUCUUUAGAUUAUUACAAAGUACGAAGUAAUUCUUUAUGCCACUUGGCUUUAAAAACAUUCCAAGAUAACCAAGAGCGUGUAUGUAGAAUAUGGUGGUAUUUUAGAAUCAAUUGAUACAUUUAUGUCAUUAUUCAGGAAAAUUAAACAGCAGUAUAAUAUCUAGCUCUGAAUUAGUUUUAUUUUGCAAAAACACAACAUUUGUGUGCGUGUGCGUGUGCGUGUGUGUGUGUGUGUGUGUGCAUGUGUGUUUGUGUGUGUGUGAGUGUGUGUUUUAUCUUUUUUAUUUUGAAAAGACGGAACUAGAAAUAUUUUCCGAGAUUUGUGUACCAUUUGAUAUAGGUCUAUACUUAUAACUUGUUUGCAACAUUUAUAUUAUCAUAUCUUUAAAAUGCACGACACAGUUUGAAAAUAUUUAUAAUAAACAAUCUAAGCCAUGAUGAUUUUCUAAUUUUCUAUAUGGCUUAUUUAACAUUUAACAAACUAUGAUAAUAGAACCAUUCAAUAAGCUUAUUUAAUAAAGGAACAAUCAAACCAUAUACAAUGGGUUCUCCAAGGAUUGUGUGCUUAUUUAAUAUCCUUAGAACGUUAACGUGUAUUGUAAUGACAUUUUAUCAGCAUACCUGGUAGGAUAUUAUCAACACAUUUUGAAAGGAACAGUCAACUGCUUCACUUAUGUCAAUAUAUAAGUUUAUAUUGUUUUAAAUAAGCACAUACUGGCACCCGGCGCGCGGUAGAAAUGUGCAGUAAGUCAUCGUUUAUUUUUGCUUAAAAACUUAUAAUUAACGUAUAAAACCCGCUUAACAUUGCAUGUUUCUUCCAUGAAGUAAUUUAUUUUAUUUUCUAAAUUGUGUACCUCAUUUCCGUUUUUUUUGUUGAUAUCGCUAGAAAUGCCAGACGCCGAAAUUGUUUACAAAGGGGAAAAUGACGCACGUGCAGAAAGUAUAAAUCGCGCGAUCAUAUAGUUAUGUUGUAAUUUGUCACGUCACCUACAAAAACAUUUGAAAAAUUUCAGAAGGCAAACAGAGAAAAUAAAAUUUCACGAUAAUUAGUGUUUAAGUGGCAUACGAGAUUAAAUGAUGGACGGGAAAACGGACAUUACUUCGAGAAGGAGUAACGGGUAUUGACUGCGUAACGUUAAAACACAAUUUGAACAUUAUUAUGACGUUAACAUAAAUAACUUUUUGGCCGACAUGGGUUUAUGUAAAAUUAAAUAGUGUUGUGAUAAAAGAAGGUACUAACAUGAAUUUUUAUAUGUUUAUUAGUUGAGUUGAUAAUUCUUCUAAGCAGUGUAAGAAUUUUAAAUCAAUAUAUCAAAUACAUUUUUAAAAACAAAGAAAGUCCACAAAGUUUCGGAUAUCCCUCGAAAUGAGAAUUUUUUCCUAUGUCUGGUUCAAUCUGACUACAGUUCAGAUCUUUUUAUUUCCUGCAUGUAGAUCUGAUUUUCCAGCGAUUAAAAUUAUAAAAGCUCGCCGAUUUGGCUGUUUAAAAGGUAUCGAGAAGGUGAACUCCCUUAAGUGCCAGUCAGAUCCUAAUGAGUAGCGUUAAUAAGGAACUGAUUUUAAUCAGAUUGUGUCUGCAUGUACAUUGUUGUCAGAUUUAUUUGUUAUUAUACUGAAAUAUGAUAAAAUUUGAAUUUAAUAGCAACUAUUAAUGCAUUGCUAGUUCUUUAUACUCGUAUUAAGGUUUAUUUAUGUGAUCUGGUUAAAUAUUUGAUGGACAUGCGUUUUAGCUUGUCAUUAUUUUCAAUAAUUACUAAUGUCACACAUUGAAAUAAUAUGUUUAUGGCAGUUGUGGCUUUCCAUAAAUUCGUUUAAACGGAAACAUUGUGCACACGUGUUUUUAUUCGAUUGCGUUUAGGCUUUACCGUAUAUGUUUAUCUUCCGGUAUUAAAUCGGUGAAACUCGACAAUUUCCGUCACUAAUGUACAUUGUCAAGCUCACCCGUGCAAUAUCCUAAACACCGGUCACUCGUUCUUGUACUUGUCCAAUUGUUGUGUAUAUUUUAUAUGUUUCUAUGUGAAAAACAAAAUCAUUGCUCCUUUUAAAAUAUUCUUCACUUCUGCGCACGUUGCGCUUUCCUGUCCCCCUCACUCUAAACUGUCAUCUCGAACGUUCUUAAGUUAAAUAUCAUUUAAUAAAUCUACGUACAGUACACUGUUGUUUAUUUUGUUUUUCCUUUGUUUACUUAUUUCAAUUUACAUUGAAAUAGUAUUUACUUAAACACACGCUGUGGUAAAAAAUCAAUCGUAUUAUUAAAAUUUAUUAAUUGUAAUUCUUAUUCCGCUUUAUUUUGUAUAUAUAGCUAUUUAACUGUAUUUUGCUUUUUAUAUGUAAUGUAUUGUAUAUACUGUAUAAUUAUUGUAUUAUCUUUUUAAGACCAAUUAUAUUCUAAUUAUAUUAAAACAUCAAAACUA